UGGGCGUUGGUCAUUGAGUCAGUGACCGUGAUACAGCUCGUGCGCUCCGGCAGAGCUCAAUCUGCGGUUUAUUGCGCUUUACUCGGUGUGAAAUGUCUGACGGUGGCGGAGGAGACGACGGCAGCGGCGGGAUGGAGGUUUCUGCGGCCGUGCAGACGGUUGCGGACGCGUCUGUUCUGCAGAAACACAUCCGUAAGCUCGUGCCGCUGCUGCUGGAAGAUGGCGGGGACGCGCCCGCGGCACUCGAGAGCGCGCUGGAGGAGAAGUGCGCGCUCGAGCAGAUGAGAAAAUUCCUGUCAGACCCGCAAAUUCACUCGAUCCUGGUGGAGCGGAACGCGCUGAAAGAGGAUGUUGGUGAUGAAGGUGAAGAGGAGAAAGAGUGUAUUUCCUACAGCAUCAGCAUUGACAUUCAUUACGGGCUCAAAUCAAACAGCCUCGCUUUGAUCAAGCGGACAGGAGUUAUUGAUGCAGAUAAACCCAUCUCGACUCAGGUGCGAGUUCUGACUCUAAGUGAGGAUUCUCCAUAUGAGACACUGCACUCUUUCAUCAGUAAUGCAGUCGCUCCAUACUUCAAAUCCUACAUCCGAGAGUCCGGCAAAGCCGACAGGGAUGGAGAUAAGAUGGCUCCCUCAGUGGAGAAGAAGAUUGCCGAGUUGGAGAUGGGGCUCCUCCACCUGCAGCAGAAUAUUGAGAUCCCAGAGAUCAGUCUGCUCAUCCACCCCAUCAUCACUAAUGUGGCGAAGCAGUGCUAUGAGCGCACGGAAAAGCCCAAGGUCACUGACUUUGGUGAUAAAGUGGAGGAUCCGACAUUCCUGAACCAGCUGCAGUCUGGAGUCAAUCGCUGGAUCAGAGAAAUCCAGAAGGUGACUAAACUGGACCGUGACCCGGCCUCUGGGACCGCCCUGCAGGAGAUCAGCUUCUGGCUGAACCUCGAGCGUGCCCUCAACCGCAUUCAGGAGAAGAGAGAGAGCCCAGAGGUCUUGCUCACCUUAGACAUCCUGAAACACGGCAAACGCUUCCACGCCACAGUCAGCUUCGACACAGACACAGGGUUGAAGCAGGCCGUGGAAACCGUUAAUGAUUACAACCCCCUGAUGAAAGACUUUCCCCUCAACGAUCUUCUGUCAGCCACUGAACUGGACAAGAUCCGCCAGGCAUUGGUAGCCAUCUUCACCCACCUGCGCAAGAUCCGAAACACCAAGUACCCCAUCCAGCGUGCGUUACGACUGGUGGAGGCCAUCUCGCGAGACCUCAGCUCUCAGCUGCUCAAAGUCCUUGGCACUCGCAAGCUCAUGCAUGUGGCCUAUGAAGAGUUUGAGAAGGUGAUGGUGGCGUGUUUUGAAGUCUUCCAGACGUGGGAGGAUGAGUAUGAGAAACUACAGGUACUCCUGAGAGAUAUUGUGAAGAGGAAGAGGGAGGAGAAUCUGAAGAUGGUGUGGCGUUUAAGCCCCGCCCACCGCAAGCUUCAGGCCCGUUUGGACCACAUGCGGCGGUUCAGACGCCAACACGAGCAGCUCAGAGCAGUUAUUGUUCGUGUGCUGAGACCUCAGUUGUCCGCCGUGCCCCAGCAUGCUCAGGGGGAGACUGCCGAACAGCCCGAUAUGAAGGUGACAGAGGUUCUCUUCGAUGCUGCAGAUGCAAACGCCAUCGAGGAAGUGAAUCUGGCUUAUGAAAACGUGAAGGAGGUUGAUGGAUUGGACGUGUCAAAGGAGGGAAUGGAGGCGUGGGAAGCGGCUAUGAAGCGCUACGAUGAGCGUAUAGACCGUGUGGAGACUCGCAUCACCGCACGACUGCGUGACCAGUUGGGCACCGCCAAGAACGCCAAUGAAAUGUUCCGUAUAUUUUCUCGCUUCAACGCCCUGUUUGUCCGUCCGCACAUUCGUGGAGCCAUCCGAGAGUACCAGACGCAGCUCAUCCAGCGCGUCAAAGAUGACAUCGAGUCGCUGCAUGACAAGUUCAAAGUUCAAUACCCUCAGAGCCAGUCGUGUAAGAUGAGUCACGUGAGAGAUCUGCCUCCGGUCUCUGGAUCCAUUAUCUGGGCCAAACAGAUCGACCGACAGCUCACCGCCUACAUGAAGCGCGUGGAGGAUGUUCUUGGAAAGGGCUGGGAGAAUCACGUGGAGGGUCUGAAGCUCAAGCAGGAUGGCGACAGUUUCCGUGCCAAACUCAACACGCAGGAGAUUUUUGAUGACUGGGCUCGCAAGGUGCAGCAGCGCAACCUCGGUGUGUCAGGCCGGAUCUUCACCAUCGAGAACACUCGUGCCCGCGGCCGCACGGGAACUGUGCUGAAGCUCAAAGUGAACUUCCUGCCCGAGAUCAUCACUCUCUCCAAGGAAGUGCGCAACCUGAAGUGGCUGAGCUUCCGUGUGCCGCUGGCCAUCGUUAACAAAGCUCAUCAGGCCAAUCAGCUGUAUCCGUUCGCCAUCUCGCUCAUCGAGAGCGUUCGCACGUAUGAGCGCACCUGUGAGAAGGUGGAAGAACGGAUGUCCAUCUCACUGCUGGUGGCAGGACUGAAGAAGGAGGUCCAGGCGUUGAUCACUGAGGGCAUCGCUCUGGUCUGGGAGUCCUACAAACUCGACCCUUACGUCCAGCGUCUGGCGGAAACUGUCUUCAACUUCCAGGAAAAGGUGGAUGACCUCCUACUGAUUGAGGAGAAGAUUGAUUUGGAGGUUCGUUCUCUUGAGACCUGCAUGUACGACAAUAAGACCUUCAAUGAGAUCCUGAGCCGCAUUCAGAAAGCUGUUGAUGACCUCAACUUGCACUCUUAUUCUAAUCUGCCCAUCUGGGUCAAUAAACUGGACAUUGAGAUCGAGCGCAUCCUCGGCGUCCGUUUGCAGGCAGGACUCAAGGCCUGGACGCAGGUCCUCAGGGGACAGAUGGAGGACAAGGCUGAUGUUGACAUGGACACUGAAGCUCCUCAAGUCAGUCACAAACCUGGAGGAGAACCAAAGAUCAAGAACGUCAUCCAUGAAUUGAGGAUCACAAACCAAGUGAUCUAUCUGAACCCACCUAUUGAAGACUGCCGCUACAGACUCUAUCAGGAGAUGUUCUUCUGGAAGAUGGUCAUUCUGUCACUGCCCAGAAUUCAGAGUCAGAGAUAUCAGGUUGGUGUUCACUACGAGUUAUCAGAAGAGGAAAAGUUCUACAGGAAUGCUCUGACCAGAAUGCCUGAUGGGCCGGCGGCACUGGAGGAAGCUUAUAAUGCCGUAAAGGAAAAUGUGUCUGAGGUGGAGCAAUAUGUGAAGGUGUGGCUGCAGUAUCAGUGUCUGUGGGACAUGCAACCGGAGAACAUUUAUAAUCGUCUGGGAGAAGAUCUCAAUAAGUGGCAGGCGCUGCUCGUGCAGAUCCGCAAAGCUCGAGGCACGUUUGACAAUGCUGAGACCAGGAAAGAGUUUGGACCCGUCAUCAUAGACUAUGGCAAGGUUCAGUCCAAGGUGAAUCUAAAGUAUGACUCGUGGCAUAAGGAGGUUCUGAGUAAGUUUGGGCAGAUGUUGGGCAACAACAUGCAGGACUUCCACUCUCAGAUCUCUAAGUCUCGUCAAGAACUGGAGCAGCAUUCAGUAGACACGGCGAGCACCUCUGACGCCGUCACCUUCAUUACGUACGUGCAGACCCUCAAGCGCAAGAUCAAACAGUUUGAGAAGCAAGUAGAUCUGUUCCGCAAUGGUCAGCGUCUUCUGGAAAAGCAGCGCUUCCAGUUCCCCCCCUCGUGGCUGUACAUUGAUAAUAUCGAGGGUGAGUGGGGUGCAUUCAGUGACAUCAUGAAGCGCAAAGACACAGCCAUCCAGCAGCAGGUCGCUAACCUUCAGAUGAAGAUCGUUCAGGAGGAUCGUGCAGUGGAGAACCGCACCACAGACCUGCUGUCAGACUGGGAGAAGACCAAACCAGUGGCUGGGAGUCUGCGUCCAGAGGAAGCGCUGCAGUCUCUCACCAUCUACGAGGGUAAAUUUGGCCGUCUGAAGGAUGACCGAGAGAAGUGUGCAAAAGCAAAGGAGGCGUUAGAGCUGACGGACACGGGUCUGUUGAGCAGCAGUGAGGAGAGAGUGCAGGUGGCUCUGGAGGAGCUUCAGGAUCUGAAGGGCGUUUGGUCUGAGCUGUCGAAGGUCUGGGAGCAGAUCGAUCAGAUGAAGGAGCAGCCAUGGGUCUCUGUGCAGCCGCGCAAGCUGCGUCAGAAUUUAGACGCUCUUCUCAACCAGCUGAAGAACUUCCCCGCUCGUCUGCGGCAGUACGCUUCAUACGAGUAUGUGCAGAGAAUGCUCAAAGGAUACAUGAAGGUGAACAUGCUGGUGAUCGAGCUGAAGUCUGAAGCUCUGAAGGACCGUCACUGGAAGCAGCUAAUGAAGCGUCUGCAUGUGAACUGGGUUCUGUCAGAACUCACUCUGGGGCAGAUCUGGGACGUGGACCUGCAGAAGAAUGAGAUGGUGGUGAAGGACGUGCUGCUGGUGGCUCAGGGAGAGAUGGCGCUCGAGGAGUUCCUCAAACAGAUUCGUGAAGUGUGGAACUCCUACGAGCUCGAUCUGGUCAACUAUCAGAAUAAGUGUCGCCUGAUUCGCGGAUGGGACGAUCUGUUCAACAAAGUCAAAGAGCACAUCAACAGUGUGUCGGCCAUGAAACUGUCUCCUUACUACAAGGUGUUUGAAGAAGACGCUCUGAGCUGGGAGGAUAAACUGAACCGCAUCAUGGCUCUGUUUGAUGUGUGGAUUGAUGUGCAGCGCCGCUGGGUUUACCUUGAAGGCAUUUUUACAGGAAGUGCCGAUAUCAAACACCUCCUGCCAGUGGAGACGCAGCGCUUCCAGAGCAUCAGCACAGAGUUUCUGGCUCUAAUGAAGAAAGUCACCAAGUCUCCGCUGGUCAUGGACGUCCUGAACAUUCAAGGGGUUCAAAGGUCACUGGAGAGACUCGCGGAUCUGCUGGGAAAGAUCCAGAAAGCGCUGGGAGAAUAUCUGGAGAGAGAGCGCUCUUCUUUCCCCAGGUUCUACUUUGUUGGUGAUGAAGAUCUUCUGGAGAUUAUCGGCAACAGUAAGAACGUGGCCAAACUGCAGAAACACUUCAAGAAAAUGUUUGCAGGAGUUUCCAGCAUCCUGCUGAAUGACGACAACACUGAAGUGCUGGGUAUCUCAUCCAGAGAGGGAGAAGAGGUGCUUUACAAAACUCCAGUGUCCAUCACGGAGCAUCCGAAGAUCAACGAGUGGCUCACGCUGGUGGAGCGCGAGAUGAGAGUGACGCUGGCUAAACUGUUGGCGGAGUCCGUCACUGAGGUGGGCGCUUUUAACAAGGGCACCGCCGUCGACCUGAGCACCUACAUUGACUGGAUUGACAGAUACCAGGCCCAGCUGGUGGUUCUGUCCACUCAGAUCGACUGGUCUGAGAAUGUGGAGAACGCUCUGACCACGAUUGCGGGCGGAGGGAACAUGGCUCCGCUGCAGGCGGUUCUGGCCAAUGUGGAGGCCACUCUGAACCUGCUGGCCGACACGGUUCUGAUGGAGCAGCCGCCGCUACGCAGGAGGAAACUGGAACAUCUGAUCACUGAGAUGGUCCACCAGAGAGACGUGACCAGAGCUCUGCUCAAGAACAAGAUUGACAACCCCAAAUCCUUCGAGUGGCUCUGUCAGAUGCGCUUCUACUUUGACCCCAAACAGACGGACGUCCUGCAGCAGCUCUCCAUUCAGAUGGCCAACGCAAAGUUCAACUAUGGCUUCGAGUAUCUGGGGGUGCAGGACAAGCUGGUGCAGACGCCUCUAACUGACCGCUGCUACCUCACCAUGACACAGGCGCUGGAGGCCCGUCUGGGCGGAUCUCCCUUUGGUCCUGCUGGAACAGGAAAGACGGAGUCUGUCAAAGCUCUCGGGCACCAGCUCGGUCGAUUCGUGCUGGUCUUCAACUGUGACGAGACUUUUGACUUCCAGGCGAUGGGCCGUAUCUUCGUGGGUCUGUGUCAGGUGGGUGCAUGGGGCUGUUUUGAUGAGUUCAACCGUCUGGAGGAGCGUAUGCUGUCUGCUGUAUCUCAGCAGGUUCAGUACAUCCAGGUGGCGCUGAGAGAACACAGCAACCCCAACAGAGACCGCAGUGUGCCCAUCACCACAGAACUGCUGAACAAACAGGUGAAGGUGAGUCCAGAGAUGGCCAUCUUCAUCACCAUGAAUCCUGGUUACGCUGGACGCUCCAACCUGCCUGAUAACCUGAAGAAGCUCUUCAGAAGUUUAGCCAUGACCAAACCGGACCGACAGCUCAUCGCUCAGGUCAUGCUCUACUCGCAGGGCUUCCGAACCGCGGAGAUACUCGCCAAGAAGAUCGUCCCCUUCUUCAAGUUGUGUGACGAGCAGCUGUCGUCUCAGUCGCAUUAUGACUUCGGUCUGCGUGCGCUCAAGAGUGUACUGAUCAGCGCCGGGAACGUGAAGAGAGAACGAAUCCAGAAGAUCAAACGAGAGAAGUGUGAACGAGGAGAGGACGUGGAUGAGAACGAAAUCGCAGAGAAUCUCCCAGAGCAGGAGAUUCUGAUCCAGAGUGUUUGUGAGACGAUGGUGCCGAAGCUGGUGGCAGAAGACAUUCCUCUGCUCUUCAGUCUGCUGUCUGACGUCUUCCCCGGCAUUCAGUACAUGCGAGGAGAGAUGACUGCGCUCCGUGAGGAGCUCAAGAAGGUUUGUGCUGAGAUGUACCUCACGUACGGAGACGGAGACGAUGUGGGCAGCAUGUGGGUCGAGAAGGUGCUGCAGCUGUAUCAGAUCACUCAGAUCAAUCAUGGUCUGAUGAUGGUCGGCCCAUCAGGCAGUGGUAAGACGAUGGCCUGGAGAGUUCUGCUCAAAGCCCUGGAGAGACUGGAGGGGUUGGAGGGCGUCGCCCACAUCAUCGACCCCAAAGCCAUCAGCAAAGACCACCUUUACGGAACCCUGGACCCCAACACACGCGAGUGGACCGACGGACUCUUCACGCAUGUGCUCAGGAAGAUCAUUGAUAAUGUCCGUGGAGAGCUGCAGAAGAGACAGUGGAUCAUCUUUGAUGGUGACGUGGAUCCUGAGUGGGUGGAGAAUCUGAACUCUGUGCUGGACGACAACAAACUCUUGACUCUUCCCAACGGAGAGCGUCUCAGUCUGCCGCCAAAUGUGCGCAUCAUGUUUGAAGUGCAGGACCUGAAAUACGCCACACUAGCCACGGUGUCUCGCUGCGGGAUGGUUUGGUUCAGCGAGGACGUUCUCAGCACGGACAUGAUCUUCAAUAACUUCCUUGCGCGUCUGCGGAGCAUCCCGCUGGAUGAAGGUGAAGAUGAGGCUCAGCGCAUGAGGAAGGGCACUGAAGACGAGGGGGAGGAGGCCGCAUCACCCAUGCUGCAGAUCCAGAGAGACGCCGCUGCAAUUCUGCAGCCAUAUUUCACCUCCACUGGACUCGUCAUCAAAGCUCUGGAGCACGCUUCAAAGAUGGAGCACAUCAUGGACUUCACCCGCCUGCGCUCGCUGGGAUCACUCUUCUCCAUGCUGCAUCAGGCCUGUCGCAAUGUCGCGCUGUACAACAACAACCACCCGGAUUUCCCCAUGCCCAUCGACCAGCUGGAGAAAUACAUGCAGAAAUAUCUGAUCUACGCCGUCCUGUGGUCCUUCUCGGGUGACAGCAGACUGAAGAUGAGGGCGGAGCUUGGAGAAUACAUUCGCCGCAUCACUACUGUUUCACUUCCGUCAGCACCCAACGUUCCCAUCAUCGAUUAUGAGGUGUUCAUCACGGGUGAGUGGCAGUCCUGGCAGGGUAAGGUGCCUCAGAUUGAGGUGGAGACACACAAGGUGGCGUCACCUGAUGUGGUGGUGCCCACUUUGGAUACGGUGCGUCAUGAAGCUCUUCUGUACACCUGGUUGGCUGAACAUAAGCCUUUGGUGCUGUGCGGCCCGCCGGGCUCCGGUAAAACCAUGACCCUGUUCAGUGCCCUGAGAGCCCUGCCAGACAUGGAGGUUGUAGGUUUGAACUUCUCUAGUGCCACGACCCCCGAGCUGCUGCUGAAGACGUUUGAUCAUUACUGCGAGUACCGCAGGACUCCUAACGGCGUCGUUCUGGCUCCUGUGCAGCUGGGCAAAUGGCUCGUGCUCUUCUGUGAUGAAAUCAACCUGCCCGACAUGGACAAAUACGGCACGCAGCGUGUCAUUUCCUUCAUCAGACAGAUGGUGGAGCACGGCGGCUUCUAUCGCACCUCCGAUCAGACGUGGGUGAAACUCGAACGCAUCCAGUUUGUCGGUGCCUGUAACCCCCCCACAGACCCUGGCAGGAAGCCCCUCUCUCACAGAUUCUUGCGGCAUGUGCCGGUCGUGUACGUGGACUAUCCUGGCCCCGCCUCCCUCACGCAGAUCUACGGCACUUUCAACAGAGCGAUGCUCAGACUGAUUCCUUCACUGCGAACCUUCGCUGAACCGCUCACUGCUGCCAUGGUGGAGUUCUACACAAUGUCUCAGGAGCGCUUCACUCAGGACACGCAGCCGCACUACAUCUACUCCCCUCGAGAGAUGACCCGUUGGGUGAGGGGCAUCUUUGAGGCUUUACGCCCGUUGGAGACAUUACCUGUGGAGGGUCUCAUUCGCAUCUGGGCUCAUGAAGCUCUUCGACUCUUCCAGGAUCGAUUGGUGGAGGACGAGGAGAGACGCUGGACCGAUGAGAACAUCGACACUGUGGCCCUCAAACACUUUCCCAACAUCGACCGUGACAAAGGCCUCAACAGACCCAUUCUCUACAGCAACUGGCUCUCAAAGGACUAUGUUCCUGUGGAGCAGGAGGAGCUGCGUGAUUAUGUGAAGGCCCGUCUGAAGGUCUUCUACGAGGAGGAGCUGGAUGUUCCUCUGGUGCUCUUCAAUGAGGUUCUGGAUCACGUGCUGCGGAUCGACAGAAUCUUCCGUCAGCCGCAGGGUCAUCUGCUCCUAAUUGGAGUCAGUGGUGCUGGAAAGACAACACUCUCUCGGUUUGUGGCCUGGAUGAACGGACUGAGUGUCUAUCAGAUCAAGGUACACAGGAAAUACACCGGAGAGGACUUUGAUGAAGACCUGCGGACGGUUCUUCGUCGGUCUGGAUGUAAGAAUGAGAAGAUUGCCUUCAUCAUGGACGAGUCUAACGUGCUGGACUCUGGCUUCCUGGAGCGCAUGAACACGCUGCUGGCCAACGGAGAGGUGCCCGGCCUGUUUGAAGGCGAUGAAUAUGCCACCCUGAUGACCCAGUGUAAGGAGGGCGCGCAGAAGGAGGGCUUGAUGUUAGACACCCAUGAGGAGCUUUACAAAUGGUUCACCAGUCAAGUGAUCAGGAACUUGCAUGUGGUCUUCACCAUGAAUCCUUCAUCAGAGGGCCUGAAGGACCGCGCAGCCACAUCACCCGCCCUCUUCAACAGGUGUGUGCUGAACUGGUUUGGUGAUUGGUCCACUGAAGCACUCUACCAGGUGGGUAAAGAGUUCACCAGCAAGAUGGACCUGGAGAAACCAAACUACAAAGUGCCCGACUACAUGCCCACAGUGUAUGACAAACUGCCCCAGCCGCCCACUCAUCGUGAGGCCAUUGUCAACGGUUGCGUGUUUGUGCAUCAGACGCUGCACCAGGCGAACAACCGUCUGGCUAAGCGUGGCGGUCGCACCAUGGCCAACCCCCGCCACUACCUGGACUUCAUCAACCACUACGCUAACCUGUUCAAUGAAAAACGCAGCGAGCUGGAGGAGCAGCAGAUGCAUCUCAACGUGGGACUGCGCAAAAUAAAAGAGACUGUAGAUCAGGUGGAGGAGCUGCGGCGUGACCUGCGCAUCAAGAGUCAAGAGCUGGAGGUGAAGAACGCUGCUGCAAACGACAAACUGAAGAAGAUGGUGAAAGAUCAGCAGGAGGCCGAGAAGAAAAAGGUCAUGAGUCAAGAGAUCCAGGAAGCAGUUUACAAGCAACAGGAAGUGAUUAAAGACAAGCAGCUGAGUGUGAAACAGGAUUUGGAUCAAGUGGAGCCGGCUGUUAUUGAAGCUCAGAACGCUGUUAAAUCUAUUAAGAAGCAGCACUUAGUGGAGGUGCGGUCGAUGGCCAACCCGCCGGCGGCAGUUAAACUGGCUCUGGAGUCCAUCUGCCUGCUGCUGGGCGAGAGCACCACCGACUGGAAACAGAUUCGCUCCAUCAUAAUGCGCGAGAACUUCAUCCCCACUAUUGUGAACUUUUCUGCUGAUGAGAUCAGUGACUCCAUCCGUGAGAAGAUGAAGAAGAACUACAUGUCCAACCCCAGCUACAACUACGAGCAGGUCAACCGUGCGUCUCUGGCCUGCGGGCCGAUGGUCAAAUGGGCGAUUGCUCAGUUGAAUUACGCAGACAUGCUGAAGCGGGUCGAGCCUCUGAGGAAUGAGCUGCAGAAACUGGAGGAUGACGCUACAGACAACAAGACAAAGGCGGAGGAAGUUGAGCAGAUGAUCAGGGAUCUGGAGGCCAGCAUUGCUCGCUAUAAGGAGGAGUAUGCCGUGCUCAUCUCUGAAGCUCAGGCCAUUAAAGCUGAUCUGGCCGCUGUGGAGGCAAAGGUGAACCGCAGUACAGCUUUGCUGAAGAGUUUAUCUGCCGAGAGAGAGCGUUGGGAAAAGACCAGUGAGACCUUCAAGAAUCAGAUGUCCACCAUCGCAGGAGACUGUCUCCUCUCGGCUGCCUUCAUCGCUUAUGCUGGUUAUUUUGAUCAGCAGAUGAGGCAGAACCUCUUCACCACCUGGUCUCAUCAUCUCCAACAGGCCAAUAUUCAGUUCCGCACAGACAUUGCCAGGACAGAGUAUCUGUCUAAUGCUGAUGAGCGACUGCGCUGGCAGGCAAACUCACUGCCCGCUGAUGACCUCUGCACCGAGAACGCCAUCAUGCUCAAGAGAUUCAACAGGUAUCCACUGAUAAUAGAUCCAUCAGGUCAAGCCACUGAGUUCAUCAUGAACGAAUACAAAGACAAAAAGAUGACACGCACCAGCUUUUUGGACGAUGCCUUCAGGAAGAAUUUGGAGAGUGCCCUGAGAUUCGGCAACCCUCUGCUGGUUCAGGAUGUGGAGAGUUACGAUCCUAUAUUGAACCCAGUGCUGAACAGAGAGGUGCGCAGGACCGGCGGGCGAGUUCUCAUCACCCUCGGAGAUCAGGACAUCGACUUGUCUCCCUCAUUUGUCAUCUUCCUCUCCACACGAGACCCAACGGUUGAGUUCCCUCCAGAUCUUUGCUCACGUGUGACGUUUGUGAACUUCACCGUGACCCGCAGCAGCCUGCAGAGUCAGUGUCUCAAUGAGGUCCUGAAGGCCGAGCGUCCAGACGUGGACGAGAAACGAUCAGACCUGCUGAAACUGCAGGGUGAAUUCCAGCUGCGUCUGCGUCAACUGGAGAAAUCUCUACUGCAGGCCCUGAACGAGGUCAAGGGUCGUAUCCUGGACGAUGACACCAUCAUCACCACUCUAGAGAACCUGAAGAAGGAAGCAGCAGAAGUGACCAGGAAGGUGGAGGAAACGGAUAUCAUCAUGCAGGAAGUGGAGACGGUGUCUCAGCAGUAUCUGUCUCUGUCUUCCGCCUGCAGCAGCAUCUAUUUCACUAUGGAGUCUCUAAACCAGAUGCAUUUCCUGUAUCAGUACUCGCUGCAUUUCUUCCUGGAUAUCUACCACACUGUGUUAUAUGAGAACUCUAAUCUUAAGAGUGUGAGCGACCAUACACAGCGCCUGUCCCACAUCACUAAAGAUCUGUUCCAGGUUGCAUUUAACAGAGUUGCUCGAGGAAUGUUGCAUCAGGAUCACAUCACGUUUGCUAUGCUGCUCGCCAGAAUCAACCUGAAGGGCUUGACCAGUGAACCAUCAUUUGACGCUGAGUUCCAGCACUUCUUGCGUGGAAAGGAGAUCGUGUUGAGCGGGACAACUGUGCCGAAGGUGAAGGGUUUGAGCACAGAGCAGUCGGAAGCCAUGGUGCGCCUCAGCCGUCUGCCGGCGUUUAAUGAACUGGUGUCUAAAGUCCAGGCCGAUGAGCAAUUCUUUAUGUGGAUUGAGAGCAACUCUCCAGAACUGUCUGUACCGUAUCUUUGGACUGAAGAGAAGGCGUCCACUGUGAUUGGUCAGGCUGUGCAUCAGCUGCUGUUGAUUCAAGCGUUCAGACCUGAUCGUCUGUUGGCCAUGACACACAUCUUUGUGUCUAAAGUCAUGGGAGAAAACUUCAUGGCCAUCAUUGAACAGCCGCUUGACCUGGCCAACAUCGUGGACAGUGAGGUGAAGCCCGGAACUCCAGUUCUCAUGUGUUCUGUGCCGGGUUAUGAUGCCAGCGGGCUGGUCCGGGAUCUCGCUGCUGAACAGAACAAACACAUCACCUCCAUUUCCAUUGGUUCUGCUGAAGGCUUUAAUAAAGCCGACAGAGACAUCAACACAGCUGUGAAGUCCGGCAGGUGGGUGAUGUUGGAGAAUGUCCAUCUGGCUCCUGGUUGGCUAAUGCAGCUGGAGAAGAAGCUUCACUCCAUGCAGCCACACGCUAGUUUCCGUCUCUUCCUCACCAUGGAGAUAAAUCCAAAGGUCCCUGUGAACCUGCUGCGUGCUGGACGAAUCUUUGUUUUCGAGCCGCCUCCUGGUGUGAAGGCCAACAUGCUGCGCACGUUCAGCAAUAUUCCUGUGGCACGCAUGUGCAAGUCUCCAAAUGAACGAGCUCGUUUGUACUUCCUCUUGGCCUGGUUCCAUGCAGUCAUUCAGGAGCGACUGCGUUAUGCACCGCUGGGCUGGUCUAAGAAAUACGAGUUUGGGGAGUCUGAUCUGCGGUCCGCCUGUGACACUGUAGACACCUGGCUGGACGACACGGCAAAGGGUCGUCAAAACAUUUCUCCAGAUAAGAUCCCGUGGGCGGCGCUGAAGACCCUGAUGGCUCAGUCCAUCUACGGCGGUCGCAUCGAUAAUGAGUUUGACCAGCGGCUGCUCAUCACCUUCCUGGAUCGUUUGUUCACCACCAGCAGCUUCGACAGCGAAUUCAAGUUGGCGCUCAAAGUGGACGGACACAAGGACAUCAAAAUGCCCGAAGGCAUCCGGCGUGAAGAGUUCAUACACUGGGUCGAGAUGCUGCCAGACACUCAGACGCCAUCUUGGCUGGGGUUGCCGAGCAACGCGGAGAAGGUUCUGCUCACCACUCAGGGCAUUGACAUGAUGGGGAAGCUGCUGAAAAUGCAGAUGUUGGAGGAUGAGGACGAUCUGGCGUAUGAGACAGAGAAGAAGCAGCGCACGACGUCUUCAUCUGACGCGCAGCCGGCCUGGAUGAGAACGCUGCACACCACCGCCCGCAACUGGCUGCAGCUCAUCCCAGAAUCCGUCAUUCCGCUCAAACGCACUGUGGAGAACAUCAAGGAUCCUCUGUUCCGUUUCUUCGAGCGUGAGGUGAAGAUGGGUUCUCGUAUGCUGCAGGACGUUCGUCAGGAUCUCACUGAUGUAGUGCAGGUGUGUGAGGGCAAGAGGAAACAGACCAACGACCUGCGCACGCUCAUCAAUGACCUCGUUAAAGGCAUUCUGCCUCGCAGCUGGUGUCGUUACACCGUCCCUGCGGCCAUGACCGUCAUCCAGUGGAUCGCAGACUUCAGUGAGAGAAUUAAACAGCUGCAGCAGAUCUCGCAGGGAGCGGCCAGCGGCGGCGCUAAAGAGCUCAAGAACAUCCACGUGAAUCUGGGCAGUCUGUUUGUUCCGGAGGCGUACAUCACCGCUACACGUCAGUAUGUGGCCCAGGUCAACAGCUGGUCUCUGGAGGAACUCUGUCUGGAGGUGAACGUCACAUCUGCUCAGGGAGCGGCGCUGGACUCCUGCAGCUUCGGCAUCAAGGGACUGAAGCUUCAGGGCGCCACGUGUGCAAACAACAAGCUCUCUCUGUCUGCGACGAUCUCCACUGAACUUCCUCUGACACAGCUGCACUGGUUGAAACAGAGCAACACUGAGAAGAGGAACAUGGUCACUCUGCCCGUGUAUCUGAACUUCACACGUGCUGAUCUCAUAUUCACGGUUGAUUUUGACAUCGCCACUAAAGAAGACCCUCAUCACUUCUAUGAGCGUGGAGUCGCCGUCCUCUGCACAGAUUAGAUCAUUCCUAAACGACAUUAAUAACCCAUAAUGAAUCAGAUUCAUGUCACUUAUACUUACUAAUCAUUCCUAAUAGUGUGGUAGAUAAAACUGUGGAUGUAAUGAAAUGGUCAUUUUGCAUGUAAAAUGUCAUGUAUUUCUAGGACGAGUUUAGAAAGUCAGAAGCAGGUUGGAUGAUGGAUUGUGUUUGGAUUUCUGAGAUGGAUGUUGAUUUUAGUGGAAAGAAUAUGGAUGUGUUUCAGAUGGAAAAUGGAAGUUGAUUAAAGCUUUGCAUGAUGGUUUCAAAUAAAGCUAAUGUGGUGUCACUCAUUUAUUAUAAGAAUGUACGGUGAUCAUGUUGAAAUAAUCAAAUAAAGUGUUUAGUGUCUUCA